AACAACUCAGAGAUAUAAAUAAAAGAGAAAAAAAGAAAAGAAAAGAAAAAUCUAGUAGUUGCCGUUCGCGUUUGUUCUUCCUUCUCCAAAACCGAAACCGAACUUCUCUCUCCAGAGUGUACUUUUGGAUUUCUCUCUCAUCGUUUUGCCGGAAUCUCCUCUCCUCUCUGUAGCAGGAAAGAACUGAUAGAAAGAAUUGUAGAAAGGUACCCCUUGUCCCAUAUAUGGCUUCAAGAUCUUAUGCUAAUCUGUUAGGCUUGGCGAAUGGGGACUGGCUUGAUAUUCCUCACACUCCAAGAGCUCUUCCAAGGGUUAUGACGGUUCCUGGAAUUAUUUCUGAUCUGGAUGGUUAUGGUUGUAAUGAUGGUGAUUCAGAUGUUAGCUCUUCUGGGUGUAGGGAGCGGAAAAUCAUUGUGGCAAACAUGUUGCCAUUGCAGGCUAAAAGAGAUAUAGAAACUGCUAAAUGGGUUUUUAGUUGGGAUGAGGAUUCAAUUUUAUUACAAUUAAAAGAUGGUUUUUCUUCUGAUACUGAAGUAAUCUACGUGGGUUCUCUCAAGGUCGAAAUAGAUCUCUGUGAGCAGGAUGCAGUUGCUCAGAGAUUGCUGGAUGAAUUUAAUUGUGUACCUACUUUCCUUCCCCAUGAUCUCCAGAAGAAGUUCUACCUUGGCUUCUGUAAGCAGCAACUUUGGCCUCUCUUUCAUUAUAUGUUACCCAUAUGCCCAGAUCAUGGUGAUCGCUUUGACAGAAUACUUUGGCAGGCCUAUGUUUCUGCAAACAAAAUAUUUGCAGACAAGGUCAUGGAAGUAAUUAAUCCUGAUGAUGAUUUUGUUUGGGUUCAUGACUAUCACUUAAUGGUUUUGCCUACUUUCUUGAGGAAGCGAUAUAAUCGGGUGAAGCUUGGAUUCUUUCUGCAUAGUCCUUUCCCUUCUUCUGAAAUAUACCGAACUUUACCUGUUAGGGAUGAAAUUUUGCGGGGAUUGUUGAACUCUGAUUUGAUUGGCUUUCAUACAUUUGAUUAUGCUCGCCACUUUCUUUCUUGCUGCAGUAGAAUGCUAGGUCUGGACUAUGAAUCUAAGCGAGGACAUAUAGGGCUUGAUUACUUUGGUCGCACUAUUUUUAUUAAAAUUUUACCUGUAGGCAUUCACAUGGGUAGACUUGAAUCUGUAUUAAAUCUUUCUUCUACAUCUUCUAAACUGAAAGAGGUUCAGGAAGAGUUUAAGGGUAAGAAAGUAAUUCUUGGUGUUGAUGACAUGGAUAUUUUUAAGGGCAUUAGUCUGAAACUUCUAGCCGUUGAACAUCUGCUGCAGCAGAAUUCAGAUUUGCAGGGCAAAGUUGUCCUAGUUCAAAUUGUAAAUCCUGCAAGGGGCUUAGGGAAGGAUGUUCAAGAAGCAAAGAAUGAAACAUAUUUAAUUGCCAGGAGGAUUAAUGAUACAUAUAGCAAAAAUAAUUAUCAGCCAGUCAUUCUCAUUGACCGACAUGUUCCUCGCUUUGAGAAGAGUGCAUAUUAUGCUGUAGCAGAAUGUUGCAUUGUCAAUGCUGUAAGGGAUGGUAUGAACUUAGUUCCAUACAAAUACAUAGUCUGUAGACAGGGAACUGCACGACUGGAUGAAUCCUUGGGUAGAAAAAGUGAUUCUCCUCGGACAAGCAUGCUUGUUGUGUCUGAGUUCAUUGGUUGUUCACCUUCUCUUAGUGGAGCAAUAAGGGUCAAUCCCUGGGACAUAGAUGCCGUGGCCGAUGCUAUGUAUGCUGCCGUUACUAUGAGUGAUUCAGAGAAGCAGUUGCGCCAUGAGAAGCACUAUAGGUAUGUCAGUUCUCAUGAUGUGGCAUAUUGGGCACAUAGCUUUAUGCAGGAUCUGGAGAGAGCCUGCAAAGAUCAUUACACCAAAAGAUGCUGGGGAUUUGGUUUGGGCUUGGGGUUCAGAGUUGUUUCUCUCUCUCAUGGUUUUAGGAAGUUGACGAUUGACCAUGUUGUUUCAGCAUACAAGAGAACCAAUAGAAGGGCCAUCUUUCUUGAUUAUGAUGGUACUGUUGUAUCACAAUCUUCCAUAAGUAAAGUCCCCAGCCCUGAAGUCAUCUCCGUCUUAAAUGCUCUCUGUAAUGAUCCCAAGAAUAUAGUGUUCAUUGUCAGUGGGAGGGGAAGGGAUUCACUGAGUGAAUGGUUUACUUCAUGCCAAAUGCUGGGACUUGCAGCAGAACAUGGAUACUUUUUACGGUGGAACAAAGAUUCAGAAUGGGAAUCAAGUCACUUGUCUGCAGACCUGGAUUGGAAAAAGAUAGUGGAACCUGUCAUGCAAUUGUAUACAGAAGCAACUGAUGGUUCUAAUAUUGAAAUUAAGGAAAGUGCUUUGGUGUGGCAUCAUCAAGAUGCAGACCCUGAUUUUGGUUCUUGCCAAGCCAAAGAGUUGUUGAGUCACUUGGAAAGUGUGCUUGCUAAUGAACCAGCAGUUGUUACGAGAGGCCAGCAUAUUGUUGAAGUUAAGCCACAGGGAAUAAGCAAGGGUUGGGUAGCUGAAGAGGUUAUUCAGACCAUGGUGAACGGCGGUAAUCCACCAGAUUUUGUACUGUGCAUAGGGGAUGAUAGGUCUGACGAGGACAUGUUUGAGACCAUUUUGAGGACGGUAUCACUGCCAUCAGCUCCAGAGAUCUUUGCCUGUACUGUAGGUAGGAAGCCUAGCAAGGCCAAGUAUUUUCUUGAUGAUACUAGUGAUGUGGUGAAGUUGCUUCAAAGCCUUGCUGCUUCAUCCAAUCCAAAACCCAGGCAUCUUGCUCACUUUCAGGUCUCCUUUGAGAGCACAAUUUGAGUUACAGACAGCAUUAUUGGUUCAUUGUGCUACUCUUGCGAGGAUUGUGAAUCAAUGAAAUUUUUGGUUAUUAAUCUUAACCUGACAGACAAAUGGUGCGACCGUGUUGUCCGGAUCUAAUUCUUUUUAGGGCUCCUGAACCGGUAUGCGUGGCAUGUGGAAGGCUUUUGUUUGAUACUGCAAUUCUUCUCUUGUACAUGGUAACAUCGACUGUUAUAUUUUCUGGUGCCAUCGAGAGAUUUAGUCGUGCUUAGAAUGUUAGAUCUUAUGGCUGUCAUCAUGGACAAUGGGGCACCGAAACUUGUAUAGUUACAAUACCUUUGUUGCAAUACAUAAUACUUUUCUGGUUUGAGAUC